UCUCUCUCUCUCUCUCUCUCUCUCUCUCUCUCUCUCUCUCUCUCUCUCUCUCUCUGAGGCAUUUAAAAAGGCAGCAUGACAAUAAAGUUUAGUUUGCAUCGCAUGGGACAGUUCCUCUCUCGGAGGGUGUCCGGCGUACCACACACUAAUCCCGAGUCCGGCAUUGAUGUUCGCGAGGAAUAUGCCAAUGCCUUCCGUACCAAAUCUUAUGUCGAUUUUUGGACACGUGUCCUUACCCUCACAGACGGAGAUGCUGCCACUUGUCACCCUACAGAAUCCUCCACCACGGCCACACACCUCCCUUCCUAUAGGCUCUUUGCCGAGCACCUCCUAGAACCAGACCAACCCACGGUCAUCGAGGUCCUAGCCUUGGCUCAGCCUCAAAACCAUCCGGAGAACCACUCUCUCCUCGCCGACUACUUCUCCGAAACUGCCAAUGCCUCGUUCCUCUGUGGUCUCCUCCUGAAAGACAUCCAUAAAACACGUGCCCAAUACCAUCCUCUCAAAACCACCGUCCGUUCCCUCGAAACCACUCAACUCCUCUCGGAAUCCCACUUCCCGGUGGUCUUAGACCACAUCACCGAGUUCACUCACUCUCUCAACCUGUUUGGUUCAUCGGCUCUCUCGCUCUCGCAAUUCCAAGCCGUGCAAGCGGGUUGCACUGGUCUACUCAAACGCCUUGAAUCAAGUCGUGAGCAGGUCUGUGCAAGGCUCCGUCUUGUCAACCGGUUCAAACACGGUUCAGCCAUCUUUCUUGUCGCACUAACAGCUUCGGUGGUUGUAAUUGUGACGGUUCAUGCUUUAGCCAUGUUGGUGGCGGUUCCGGGAUUCAUAACAGCUUCAAUCAAGCUGGUUUCGACUAAGAGGUUGGCUGGGCAGUCGGCUCAGCUGGACUCGGCGGCUAAAGGUAUGUACAUUUUAAAUAGGGAUUUGGAUACUAUAAGCAGGAUCGUGACCCGGUUACACGACGAGUUGGAGCACCUGCAGACCAUGGUUCGGUUCUGGCUGGAGCGGAAGGACCGGCUCCAUCCGGUUGGAGAAGUGGCGCGCCAACUUCAGAAGAACGAUUCAAGCUUUAGCCAACAGUUGGAUGAGCUAGAGGAGCACUUGUAUUUGUGUUUUAUGACCAUCAAUAGGGCUAGAAGCCUUGUAAUCAAGAAAGUUAUGGAGGAUCUCAGUAGAGUAUGACUUAGUUCAUAUG